UUUGUUCGCUAGCAAAAAUCAGUCCAUUAUAUCCGGAGGCAGAUAAACUCGAAUUUUAAUAUUACAAGAUGAUGACGGAAUAUAAUCGGCACUUUGAGAAAAUAUUAGACUUUCUUGGUAUCUAUCAAGAAUUGAUGGAUUGUCAUCUGGUUGAUUUUAUUACGGAAGGAUUGUGGGACAAGUGCUUGCCAGAGAAACUUAGAUCUGAGCUUGAAAAUAUUGAUAAUGACAAUAUCUGGGCAGAGAACAAUGCAGACACGGAAUUAAAUAAUUUUAUACAGUUAACAAGAUCACUUUCCUUAGAAUCAUGCUCAGCUGUUGUGUGCGUGGAUGAUUUACCAAAACUGUUACCACAAUUCUUCAAGGAACGAUCAAUCGAGAACAGAUUCAUUCGUUCCAAGUCCGAGUUCAUGAAUAUCAAGAAGUCAUACGAAAUUGAAAUACUUGGAAAAGUUAUUGCCCAAACGACACUUUCCACUCAUAGCUUAGUAAUAGACGCCGGAGCUGGGAAAGCUUAUUUGUCGACAUAUUUAUCGGAGCAUUUUGAUAUUCCUGUAUUGGCAAUUGAUUCGUCGUCAGUUUGUUAUGAAAGUGCGAUAAAUCGUCAAGAAAAAAUUCAGAAAAGGAAACGAUCGCUAACAAAGGUUCAAUAUAUAGUUCAAAAGUUAGACGACACGACUAAUUACAACGAAAUGGUGAAUACAUGUUAUCCUGAUUGGGGCAUAAACAGAAAUCUCAUUUUGACAGGAUUACAUACUUGCGGAAUGCUUGUGCAUUCUGUAAUUAAAGCUUUCUUACAUACGAAGGAUAUUAAUUUGCUUCUCGUAGUUCCAUGCUGUUACCAUUUAGCGGAUGAAACAUUGAGCGGAUGUUGGAAUUUUAGUAAAAAUGCCAGAAUGUUGGCUCAACAAUCUAUUGAAAGGAGUAGACAUAAUAAGGAUCUUUCACCUUCGUUAUUUUAUAGAGCUGUACUGCAAGUUAUUCUACAUUCUAUGGGAUAUUACAAUGCUAAAAUAGGUCGUGGGGGACCAUUGAAUAACUUCGCGGAUUACGCAAAAUAUGCGCUGUCCAAAAUUGGACUUGACAAGGAGCAGAUACCGUCCACUUAUGCGUUGCAGAAAAUAUAUCAGAAUCAUAUACAUUUCAAAUUACGAUUGCGUCUCUUUCAGAUGCUAAGAAUAUAUAUGAGCUCAGUAAUAGAAGCUGCAAUCAUGUUAGACAGAAUAAUAUUUCUACAAAAUAAUAUUCAGUGUUCCAAAGUUGCUGUAAUACGUUUAUUUAAUCCAACACUUUCUCCCAGAUGUUAUGGAAUAAUUGCAACGAAAUUAAUACAAUAAAUGUGAAAAUAAUGUUAAAGAUAUAGAAAAGCAGAAAAAAGAAAAUAAAAGAUUUAA